UCUCUAACUUGAAAUCUCUCUCUCUAGCCAAGAAAAUUUUUCUCGGAAGUUUCUCUCGAAUUUUCCCGGCGGUUUCUCUUCUACUCCAAUUUUCUCGAACUGUCGAAAUUGUCACCGGGAAAAAUGGAAAACAAAAUCGCGCCGUUUAGUUACAGCGGAAGCUCCGCCGAUGUCGUCGGAAUCAAGAAAUCCCAAGGAGAUUCUUCUUGUAGCGGCGUCGUUUCGUCGUCUCUUUUCUCUGAUCAACUCUACAAGUCGACUCGCAACAUCAUGCAACAGCGUCAAGAUAUGGUGAAUCGCGAGGCGUUGUGUUACACGCGUCUUCAUGAGGCUUCGCUUGAAGCAGAAGCGCUUCGUCUAGAGAACACUGAACUCCGAUCGAUGAAUCGUCAUCUCAAGACUGAGCUCAACAGUCUCAUCAGAUCUUCGAUCCAGAACCGAUUUGAUCUUCGAUCUCCGCUUCGGAUGCUUAGCAAUCUUUCGAUCGGAGGUAAUGACGCCGACGAAGUGGAGAAUCAGAAUCAGAACCGUACGGUUAAUCGUGAUGAUGUCAGUGAUGAGAGUCCGACGAGUGUUAUGGAGAAUGAGGAUCUCAAUCGUUCUUCGCUUCCGAAGAGCAUCUCUGUGAGAUCUAGUGGUUACUCUAAGGCGAGUCAGGGAGGUGGUGGUGCGGCUGCUCAAAGUGGAAAACCUCGUGGAACUGUAACUAAGCCUGGGACUUGUGGUCAAGUCAGUACGACGCAGAAGGUGUAUGUGCGAGGAGGAGGGAAGAAAGAAGAUCAGGAGGAGGAGAUAGAAGUGGAGGUGUACAAUCAAGGGAUGACAAAGACAGAGCUGUGCAACAAAUGGCAAGAGACAGGGACAUGUCCAUAUGGUGACCAUUGCCAGUUCGCUCACGGCAUUAAGGAACUCCGCCCAGUGAUCCGCCAUCCCCGUUACAAGACUGAGGUUUGCAGAAUGGUUCUCGCUGGUGAUAACUGUCCUUAUGGUCACCGUUGCCACUUCCGCCACUCACUAUCUGAGCAGGAGAAGCUCGUUGCUGCUGGUCUCAAACCCAAGUCAUCCCUCAAGCUGCUUACAUGACCUGUCCCUGGUUUCAAACCCAAGUCCUCUCCUUCUUCAAGCUGCUUUGAUGACCCCAAGGUAAAGCAACAAAGGGUCUGAAACUCAUACAUAAUAGUACAAUUGGUAGCUAUUGAAACGAUUGGUAAAAAGUGAAUAAUGUGCAUAAGUAAGAGCGUCUUGUAAACACUUUUGAGUCUAGUAGUUGUUUGUUUGAUAUUUCUUUCU